AUGGCCGUCACGAACUUCACCGCCGAUAAAGUGAUGAUCCGGAGACGGCAGCUCGGCUACAUCAUGAGGGAUGUCAGCCGCUCUGGGGUCGGCUAUGAGCCGCUUCUUUGGCGGGCGGGGAUCGGGGGUCGGAGGAGAUCGGCGGCGGCGGUCGAGCGCAACGACCCGAUAUUCAACACCGGUAGGGUUCCUGUUCGACUUGCGUCGUCUCAAGGUGGAAGUUUUUUUGGAGGGUUUACUGACGAGGGCCCUACGGGGGGGCAUCUUGCUCAAGUAGGGCUGGGGCUGGGGAGCGAGGGUCUAGGGCUGCAGCGUUGCGGCCUCCCCUCCGGGCUCGGACGGCUUGGUUCCCGCGCAACGCCGGCGUAUCGCCCCGCGCCGACGAAUGUCGGGCGGUCCGGGCUCCGGUCGAAACGGCCCCGAGCAUCGGGUGUGCAAGCGCCGACCUGCUCCGUCAUCGCGAUCACAAUGCCCCGCCGAGCAUCAUCCCGACAAAUCCUGCCCCGGCCAGCCUCCAGCGACGAAUCGGAGGUCGGCUCUUCGGUUGAUGCCGUCGACCCGGCCGAAAAAUCUCUCGGGGCCAAAUUCAACUUAACCAAAGAGGAGAAGAAUAUGCUCCUUGAGCAUUUGCCGCGGUGGAAGACAAAUAGCAACGCUCGGAAGGCCAUCAACGAGGCUUUGGCCGGCGAUAUCAUCCGAGGGCGGUCGGAAGCACCGAGCAGCACUCUGAUCACCCUGUUGAUGGAGAAGAUUUCCCAAUUUAUGCAUAACAACAGCUUCGGGUCCAAGCAAGACAAGAAUCCGUUCUUUUCACUACGUCCCUUCACCGGCUUACGGGUGUUCGGCUAUCAGGCCGAUGCUGAUAUUCGGGCCCGCGCCCUGAACGAUGAACAAUUCAAGACCGAUCAACGGUGGAUCUCAGCCUGGACGCGUGCCCGGCAGGACUUAUGGACGGAGUUGACUGAGUAUCAGCGGUCUGAAUACAAUCGCGCCGCGGUGCUCUGGACCGAUAAAGGCGCCCCCGAAGAUGUUACGAUAAACUUCGACACAUCGGAGCUCCUGCAGGAGUACAAAACAAGAGCGAAGGCGCUCGCAGUCUUCACGCAGCAGGACGGCUGGGACAAGAACUUCGACGACAAUUUCAAAUCGUACUUCGGGGCCAUCAUCGAUCCAGACAGUUUGCCCCAGGAGACCCGCAAGGCCAUGGAAGAGCUGAAAAGCGCCGUCGCUCCCCGGCCCCUUUUCUUCAAAUUCUACGACGAUGGAUUACCAAAGCUGCGCUGCACGGAGGAUGACGGGAAGAGCUUCACGUACUCACGGCGCAUCAAAAUGAUCGAGGAGUAUAUUCGGAUACAUUUGACAAAUCAGGAGCAUUUCUUCGCUCAAGAAUGGCUCCCGGACGGGUUUGUCUUCAAAACGCCAGACAGGUUCAAGGUGGCCGAGGCGAAGGCUUUCAUUCAACACAUAGUCGACCUCGAGGCCUCUGGACAAGCUGAGGACGGAACCCCACGCCGGUUUCGUCUGCUUGCCGCAGAGGAUAAGUCCAGCCGAGUCGACGUAGGCUGGAAGCCAGCCAACUAUGUUAAGCCAUCGGGACCGGACCGCUCGGAUGCUCCCGUCAUUGACCAAUAUCAGACGAGCGAUGGGGAUACGGGUGGUCCGGACCGCAGCGGCGGCCUCCCUUCGAAAACGCAUCGCCCGGCCCAUAGUCUUCGGAAAAGCCGUCGGUUUUUUGCGGACGGACACAGGAAGAGCUCUGCAGACCCCGUUCCAAAAAAGCGCGAUGCCUCGACUCAGUCGUCACAAUCUUCUUCUCCGUCUUCGAAAGCAUCGCCUCUCCGCGGAAGAAAUCGGCAAAAGCCGUCUCAGCGUCGGGGCCGACCCAAACAGAGUCGUAGGCUCCGCAGGGGCCCCAUCGAUGACGACCCGCUUUCAAAGGUCGACGUCCAUGAAGCUGAAGAAAGUUCGGAAGAAGCGAGCCGGGAAUCCCAUCGUUCGGGCGGCCUGUUCGCCGGCCAGGCGCGGCCGCCGGCCGACGCCGUCACAUCGGAUGGGGACGACGGGGACAACUCCGAUGACGAUAACGAAGACGAUGACGACGGAGACGACUCCGAUGCUGCGGAGCUCAUUCCGGACGAGCUUGAGCUUCUCGGCAAUGAAAGCGAGCUCGAACUUUAUGAUACCGAUCUAGAUGAUGUUCCCCUCAGCCCCUCGGCGGUGUUGGCACUUCAAAAGUCGAAGAAUAAGGGAAAGAAGGUCCGGGACAACUCGCUCUCCGAUAGCGAAUCAAUAGAGAAGCGGCGAGCCGUUCUCCACAAGCCGUCUCUCGAGAUGGCACCGCCCCUCUCUGCAGAGAGGCUGAGGACGCCUGGAAACAAGACCCCGGACAAUUUGCUGCAAUACUUCAUCUCACUUUCCCCCGGAGUGGAUUCCUGGAAACACGUCCUACAUCGUCUACAUGUAAAGUUGGAUGACAAGCGACAUAUCACACCCGACCCUCGAGUCCCCUGGGCCACUUGGAAUAAUUCUGACGGCAGCGUCGACGUCUCCUUGCAUUUAGAGAGUGACAGAUCUCUUCCCCCCGUGUUGGCUUAUCUAGGCACCCCACUCUCCCAAGAUGCCCCCGCCGCGGAGGUUCAACGAUGGGCGCUAGCCAUGGGUCUUCUGCUGCGCAGUGCGAAGGAGGCGAUCGAUCAUGAGCCGGAUGCAGACGGGCCUGUCUAUCUGGCGACGAGCGGUUUGGACCACACCUACCUCGACCGCCUUAUCUCCAUUUGUCAGAGCCAGUUCCGAAACGGCCCGGCGGCUCUCAGCCCAAGGUCCACUCCAUCCGCCCCAAAAAACGAACCCCUUCUUGAUAUUGAGAACACAGAGACGACGUCCCCCCUUGGAUCUAACCCCCGGCAUCGGGCGCAAGAUAAGGUCGCUGGGGGCCCGAGUUGGGAGGGGGUUCAAAAUCCCAACGGAAGCCGCUCACAGGCCGGGCCCUCCGACGUCCGGGGCGGAUCAAAGAAGACCGGAAAACGCGUAAAGCCUCGACCCAUCCCGCCGCCGCCGACGGAACCUGCGGUCGGACUUGUGCAAGGACGGGAGCCUCGAACCAAGAAAAUGACCACGAAGGCUGCCGCUGCCGCUGAGGCCGGCGGUUAUGGCGGGCGCCGCAAAGCAGGGCGCUAA